AGCAUUCAACCUCUCCCACCGACCUGUGGGCCUACUCUCUCAAACGAACGCCGCAAGGUUCGUUUGAGCGGCGUCAGUGCUCCGCAGUAGCUACAGUUCCUAUUCUGCAGCAAGCAUCUUGAUACCGAAACGAUAAAACCACCCCUCUUCGCUCGUACUCGCCACCCACCUUCUGGGUCACUGUACGGAGAUGGUCAACUUCGAGAUCCCUACUAACUAUACAUUCUCUCCAUCUGAGGGCACACCCCAUUUGACAAUCAAUCAUGAUGUUGCUGCAGAUCUAGAUUCUACCGGUGCCUUUGAAGGGCCGGAGAAAUUGCUCGAGGUUUGGUUCGCUCCUAGCCCCAAAGCUCUUCCACCUGGAGUCAAGCAAGAUGGCCUGAAAUCAGUCGCCAAUGAAACCUGGGUUGGGAUGCUUGAUAUGGUCAAUUGCAAAAUCUUGUCAGUCCUUGAGGCUGAGCAUAUGGAUGCCUACUUGCUUUCUGAAUCUAGCAUGUUUGUGUUUCCCCACAAGCUUAUCCUGAAGACCUGCGGGACCACGACGCUUCUCCUUGGUCUCCAUCGGCUUCUUCGAAUCGCUGCUGAGCACGCUGGAUUUCCCUUCCAUAACGCCAAGUCUCUAGACGACAUUCACGCCGCUGCUACGCCUUACCGGGUAUUUUACUCUCGGAAGAACUUCCUCUUCCCCCAUCAGCAGCGCGGGCCUCAUCGCAGUUGGAAGCAGGAGGUCAGAUAUCUCGACGACAUGUUUGAGGGAGGGAGCGCUUAUAUGGUUGGAAAAAUGAAUGGUGAUCACUGGUACUUGUACAUCACUUCGCCAGAGACGGCCUUGACGCCACCUCGCACACCAGAAAUCGACCAUUUAUCAGCCAACCCCGUCAGCACGUUCCGUAUUCCUACCGGUCGGGCCUCGGCUUUCAGCGGUGGCUUGGAGGGCAAUGAUGAAACCCUAGAGAUAUUAAUGACGGACCUUGAUCCUGAGAAUGCCAAGCAGUUUUACCUGGAGCAUGCGAAUGCGGUCGCGAGCACCAGGCUCUCUGAGCAAGCUCAGGAAGCACGACAGAUGGCUAUCGACAGUCUCGGGGACUUGUCCGAUAGCACUAUAACGAUCCAGACGAUGAGUACGACUGAGAGCUCAUACGAUGACACAUUUGAUGUGUUCAGCAAUGGAAGCGACUCUGACCUCCACGAAACCCAUACUCCGCUCUCCGAACAAGUGGACGCAGAGUGCAUGACUACUGAAGGUCACGCCAUGGGAACUGUUGUUUCGGAUGCCUGUGGCCUUUCGGACGUGUAUCCGACUUCCAAGUACCCGGAUGCCCGUAUCGAUGCGUAUCUCUUUUCUCCAUGCGGCUUCUCGGCCAACGGCAUUAUUCCGGCUCCCCAGAAGCAAGGAAAUGAUGAAGAUGCUAAGUCCACUCAUUAUUUCACUGUGCAUGUGACGCCCGAGCCUAACUGUUCAUUUGCCUCUUUCGAGACCAAUGUUCCAGGCGGUCAGAACGGGCGCGAGACUUCAGAAAUCAUCGAGCAUGUGGUUCGGAUCUUUAAGCCUGGUCGAUUUAGCGUUACUCUUUUCGAGACUAAGUCGGCCCACGCGUACGAUGGUGACGAAAUUCCGGUUGGAACGCGUCGCAAUAAGCGCAUGGAGAAGAUUGAUGGAUACCGACGUAUCGACCGUAUCGUUCACGAUUUCGACGACUAUGAACUUAUCUUCCGCUACUAUGAACGAGAUGGGUGGAUUGGUGGAAGUAGCCCUCGCGUCGGAGAGGACCUUUAAGCACCAAUUUUGGACCACCUCGUCUUGGGAGCGCUUUUAUGGAAUUGGUUUCGCCUUCUCGUCGGAUUUUUGGUAUUUAGCGGUGGUUAAUAAUAGGAACUGCAAGGGAGAAUGAACCAGCAGAGCAUU